AUGUUAAAACCAUUCUCAAUUUUAAUAUGGAUAUUUCUAAUAAACUUUGCCCGCUCUCUGGAUAAGACUGCUCCGGAUCUUCCGGGAAAAGUGUGCGCAUUUGGAGAUUUCAAUGCAGAUCGGAAUACAGAUAUUCUGGUUUUUGGAAAUGGAUCACUGACUGUAAAUUACCAAGAAACGAAAUUGUUGGAUGUUUUAGAAGCUUCGAAAUUCACUCAAGGAACCAGUUUCACCAUCGGAAAUGGUAGUUUAAAGCCAGAAUCUGUGGAAUGUUCAGUUGGAGAUUUCAAUGGAGAUUCUAGAUUGGAUGUGCUGGUUUCAAUCCGGGACUCCGGUGGUCUCUACAACCAUACUCUGUGGACAUCUUUUCUCGAAGGCGACAAAGAAGUGUUCCGUCCAUUCCACGUGGAUUUUCUAAUGCAACAUGCCAUGACCAUUGAUGUCACAAAUGAUGGAUUGACUGAUAUUCUAGGUUUCUAUCCGAAUGGAUCGAUGUUUUGUUCAAAAGUUCAGAAGGAUGGAUCAAUGUUCCCAAUUGUUGAUUCGUGUAACAAUGAAUUUUCGAAUUUCCCGAAUAAUAUAGAUAUCUAUGCAGGAAUGCCACACCUAUUUGUGGAUAUUAAUUCUGAUCUCAUCGCCGACAUAGUUUUCAUGACAAAAGAGCAGAAUGGACUGAAAAUGAUGGUAUGGCAGCACACGAAGAUCGGAUGGCAGUAUCGUGAUUGGAUUCCAACUCUGACCUAUGCUCAAUAUCCAGCCGUAGCUGCACCAGUAGUGAUGGAUAUGGAUUCAGAUGGAGAAAUUGAUAUAAUUGUACCGAUAUGUAAAGAGGCGUCAUGCGUUCAAUUGAUUCAAUUGGCAUCGUUUUGUAAAUCAAGACUAUGGGCUUCAGUUACAUUAGACAUGCAGGAUUAUCUUGUGAAACCAGAACCACAUUCGUUGGUUGUGUUUAGAGUUGGAGAGUUUUCAUUGAAUUCUUUCCCGGAUUUAGUGACAAUUGUACAGGGAACCAGGACCAACAAUCGCCCAGCAAUCAAAGUAAUAGAAAACGAGGAAUGUAAGAAUUGUGAAAAGAACGGGACUCGUCGAUUCGAUAUCCGGAAAGGAGAAUUCAUUCAACCCAAAAACAUGGCGUUGGGAAUUAUUAAAAUGGGAACAUUUUUUGAUUUAUUAGAAGAUGGAUCACUCGAUUUAUUGGUUGAAUAUGAUUUGGGAAAUGAGACACGAUUUGGAUUUGUGUAUUGUCCUGAUAAGGGAGAUACUACGUUUUUGAAGGUCCAAGUCUUCACAGGCGUUUGCAGCGAUAAUCGUUGCAAUCCAAAAUCGAAUGAAAUUGGUUCAAGUAUCUCAAUGACUGGUGCCUGUGCAUCAUUCUCGAUGACCGAUGGAUGGGGUGGAAGUACUCAAAGUGUUGCAUGUCAAGUUCCAGCUUCUUCAAAUCGAGCACUUUAUCUACCAUUCUUGCUUUACGGUCUUGGAAGAAGUCCCAAUUUUGUUGAUGAGCUCAACAUCGCUAUUCCGAAAUACGCGGAUCGCAAAGAGGACUGGAAGCACAGUUUGAAACAAAUCGUUCCGAAUUCCCGUAUCAUUGUUCUGCCACCGUCUCCUGAGUAUCCACACUGGACUAGUCGGCUCUAUGUUACACCAUCAGCACUUAUUGUACAGAGUCUCGCUGUGAUUGCCCUGGUAUGCUGUAUGCUUCUGAUGGUUGUUGUAUUUUUGCACUAUCGGGAGAAAAAAGAAGAUCGCUACGAGCGACAACAACAAUCGCAUCGAUUCCAUUUCGAUGCAAUGUAG